AUGUGUACCAAAGAACAGAAAAAUCAAGGGAAAAUAAAAUCGAAGGCCAUCAAAUCUACCGCUCAACCACCAAACGCGACUGCCUCCGCUGUAAAUUCUUCCGUCACCGAGGGCCAAACUAACGCCGCUCCGCCUCUCCGACUGCACCAACCGCAUCACCGUCUUGAGAUCCGAGGAAUCCGGCAAACCCCAGCUUCGAAACACCAACGCGCCCAGGCCGCCGCUCAGGGAACCCCUGCACCGCUCAUAACCGUCAAGGCCGCGACCCUCCGCCAACCACGCUUCGACUCAGAGAAAGAGCAUGGAGUUUUUUCAUCUUAG